UCAGCUAAACUGAAGGUAAAUAACACCAAAUAAAUAAAGUGCAAUAAUCUACCAGUACUGUAGAUCAAUACAAGUGAUUAUUUCUCAGCUGAAGGUGGACAUCACAGUAAGCAGUCAGGCUCUUCAUGCAGCAGAUGCUCUUCAGUUGUCUGACGGUUCCAGCACUGUGACAUUAUGGCGACUGCAGCAUCAGAUCGGCCUCCACUGAAGCGCAGCAGCAGCUUUCCUUUCCUGCCACCUGACAUGUCUGAGCUGAGGGUUGUUCUGCUGGGGAACAGCUGGUCUCAGAGGAGUUCAGUGGGGAACUUCAUACUGGGACAGACUGUGUUCAACACUGAGGGAGAACCAGACCGCUGUCUGAGAGUCAGAGGACAGUUAAAGGACAAAGAAAUAGUUCUCAUCAACACACCUGAUCUGCUGCAUCCAAACAUCUCUCAACACAAACUGACAGAGCUGAUAGAAAACUGUGUGAGACUCUCUGAUCCUGGACCUCAUGUGUUCCUGCUGGUUCUGCAGCCUGAAGACUUCACAGAGCAACACAAACAGAGGCUCUGCAGCUUCCUUCAACUCUUCAGUGAUCAAUCAUUUGAUCAAUCACUGGUGCUGAUAUCAACACCCAGAGAGGAGAGUCCAGGUUUGAUGGAAAAGUAUCAGCAACAUCCUCCAUUAAAGGACAUGAUUAGACAGUGUCGCUUCAGGUUUCUGUGGCAGAAGAAUGUUGACCUUCCAGAGCUGUUAACACGUUUGGGUCAAAUCAUAAAGGAGAACAAUGGAGAACAUGUCAGCUAUGAAGCAUUUGCAGACACAGCAUCUACUUUAGCAGCUGAUCAUCAAAGCCCACAACAAGCAGAAACAUGGACUUCUCUCGUGGCUGCUGUUCAAGCUGCUGGGUGUCAUGGAGUUAAAACACUCACUGCGAUAUUCUCACGCUCAGAGAAAAACCCUCAAACUGACACAUCUGGAAUCAGGAUUGUGCUGCUGGGAAAAAGUGAGGACAAACAGACAAAACUUGGUAACUUCAUCAUCAGGAACAAAGCUUUUCAUCACCAGAAAACUUCCCCAACCAGAUAUUGUGUGGCUGCCAGUGGAGAGUGGAGAGGAAAUCCUGUCACAGUGGUGAAAAGUCCAAACAUCUUCAGUCUGUCUGAGGAGGCAGUCAGAGAAGAGAUGAAGAGCUGUGUGGCUCUUUGUCCUCCUGGACCAAAUGUUCUUCUGCUGUUAGUGAAACCUUCUAAGUUCACUAAGGUCACAGAGAAGAACAGACAAACACUGAAGUUCAUCCUGAGUCUGUUUGAUCGAGAUGCUUUUAAACACUCGAUGGUCGUCGAGACAGAUGAGAGGAAUGAAGCAGCUGUUAGACGACUCCUUAAAGACUGUGGAGGAAGAUGCUACAACAUGGCUGAAGACAACAACCACACACUGUUAAUGGAGAAGAUUGAGAACAUUGUGUAUGAAAACAAAGGAAGCUUCCUCACCUUCAAAGAAGAGACCACCAGACCAGCUUUAAACCUGGUUCUGUGUGGGAGGACAGGAGCAGGGAAGACUUCAGCAGCCGAGGCCAUUUUAGGUCGGACAGCGUUUCAUUCAGUCUGCGACUCAUCAGAGUGUGUUAAACAUCAGGGAGAGGUGUGUGGACGUCGGCUUUCCCUGCUGGAGCUGCCUGCCUUGUCUGGAAAACCUCAGGAGGCAGUGAUGGAGGAAGCAUUCAGGUGUGUCUCCCUCUGUGAACCUGAGGGCAUCCAUGCCUUCAUCCUGGUCCUACCUGUGGGUCCCCUCACUGAUGAAGACAAGGGAGAGUUGAAGAUCAUCCAGAACACUUUCAGCUCUCGAGUCAAUGACUUCACCAUGAUUCUGUUCACUGUGGAGUCAGAUCCUACAGCUCCAGAUGUUGUUAACUUUGUCAGAGGAAACAAAGACAUUCAGGAUGUCUGUCGGAGCUGUGGAGGAAGAUAUGUUGUUCUCAACAUCAAGGACAAAGAGCAGAUCCCAGAGCUGCUGGAUAGUUUGGAAAAGAUGAGACCCUGCAAAGACAAAUGCAGCUACACAACAGAAACAUUUGCAUCUGCUCAAAUAGAAAAGAUCACCACACUACAAGCUGAACUGAGGGAAACAAAAGGCUUCGUCAGCUGUGAUGAUGGUGAACUGAGCCCACAGUGUCUCAGGGUGGUGCUGAUAGGAAAGACUGGCUGUGGAAAGAGCUCUUCAGGAAACACCAUUCUAGGAAGAAAACAGUUUAAAGCUGAAUCGAGCCAAACAUCAGUCACCAAACAAUGUCAGAAAGCACAGACUGAAGUGGACGGUCGUCAGGUCGUUGUGGUCGACACUCCUGGUCUGUUUGAUACAACUUUGUCCCAUGAAGAGGUUCAUGAGGAGAUGGUGAAAUGCAUCAGUCUUCUGGCUCCAGGACCUCACGUCUUCCUGUUGGUGUUACACAUCGGCAGAUUAACAGAUGAGGAGAAGGAAGCACUGAAACUCAUCAAGGAAGGUUUUGGAAAGAACGCUGAAAAGUUCACCAUCAUUCUUUUAACUGGAGGAGAUUCACUGCAGCAUGAUGGGAUAUCUGUUGAAGAUUACAUUAAAGAGAAAUGUGAUGCUUCAUUCAAGAAGCUGAUCGCUGACUGUGGAGGAAGAUACCAUGUGUUUAACAACCGUGAUGAACACGACCGCACACAAGUGAGUGAGCUGAUGACCAAGAUUAACACCAUGGUGAAGAAAAAUGGAGGAAGCUGCUUCACUAAUGAGAUGCUGCAAGAGGCCGAAGCAGCAAUAAAGAAAGAAGUGGAGAAGAUCCUGAAGGAGAAGGAAGAAGAGAUGAGGAGAGAGAGAGAGGAGCUUCAAAGAAAACAUGAGGAAGAAAUGGAAGAAAUGAACAGAAGAAUAAAAGAACAGAGAGCAGAAAUGGAAAAGGAGAGAAAACAGAGAGAGAAACAACUUCAGGAAAUGAAGGAAAACAUUAGGAAAGAACGUGAGGAGAGAAAGAAAGAACGGAAAAUGAGAAAAGAAGAGAACAGGAAGAGAAAACAACAGGAAGAAAGUGAAAGAGAGGAGUGGAAACAAAAAGUUGAAGAAAGAAAGCUGCAGGAAAGCAGAGAAGAGAUGAUAAAAGAACGAGAGGAGUGGGAGAAUAAACAAAAAGAAGAGUGGAAGAGACGAUACCAAGAAGAGGAAAAGAGACGAGAGGAGGAACGAAAAAGACUUGAAAAGCUGCAAGAAGAGUACGAGCGAGAAAGAGAAAAUGAUGAAAAGAAAAGAAAAGAAGAGGACAGAAUCAGAAGACAACAAGAGGAAAAAGAGAAAAAAGACAUCGAGGAGAAAUAUAAGAAAAAAAUAGAGAAUCUGCAGAAGACACAUGAAGAAGAAGCCAGAAAGAAAGCUGAAGAGUGUAAUGAAUUCAAAGAGAAACUUUCAGCUCAGAAAGAAAAACAUGAGACAGAAAUAAAAGACAAAGAGAAACAAUAUGACAUCUUAAAGGCACUUUCAGCCCACACAGAAGAAGAAACAAAGAAAAAACAUCAAAGAGAAAUAUGUGACUUAGUGAAAUGUGUGACCAAAAAGAAAGAAAAUCUGACAAAACUCAACGACUUACUGACGAAACAUGAAGAAGAAAUGAAGCAGGUGAAAACUGAAGAGGAAGAGAAGAAUCUGCAGCAAAAACAUGAAAAACAAAUGAAUGAGUUGAUUCAGGAGCUUUCGACAGAAGCCGACACAUCAACCUGCUCGAUUUUAUGAGGAGAUUUGUUUUAUGUAAACGUCAGCAGGAGUUUUCAGGUGUUUCAGUGAGUGAACUCGAGAGUUUUCAGAUCUGUGAAUUGUUUUCCUGCUCAGACAGUUUGGAUCUCAGACUGUGAUCAUGUUGACGUGGAGGUGCACAAACCUCACAGCUGAUCCCAGACAAGAUGUUAGAAACAUACAUUUAUUCACAGGUAAAACAUCUGGCAAAGAGUAAUAUUUCAGAUAGUUGAUCAGUAAUCAGAGCUUCUGUUUUCUCAAUCUGUGCUUUAAUCAGGACAACUGAUUUUUUUGUUUUGCAAUAAAAUGUGUUGACCUGAUGGGGGCGCUAUGGGAGCAACAAAGGCCACCAGUAUCAUUCAAAUCCUUUUCUGGAGACAAAGUCUGCUGACCGGAACAAACAAACUACCUGAUAAGUCCCCAAACGCAGGAAGCACAAGUGAACUGAGCGCUGCAGGAACGGUUCCUCCCAGACGAGCAGGUCUCGGUUGGUUUUUUAGUGCGUCAACAAAUCACAUCAUUGCACAAUUCUGAGUCAAAAUGCUGCUGUUGUCAGUAAUUCAUGAGACUCCUGAAACAAAACUGAUUUCAGACCCUAUUUCAACACAUACUGUACUGUGCACUUAGUGGCCACUUUAUUAGGUACCUUUGCAGUCUCUUGCAGUCCAGUCCUGCUCUGAAAUAAAGUCUUUGUUCAAGAUGCUGACAUGUAUGUGUUCAGUUUUUGGUCACAUUGUUGAAAAUUAUUCCCAUUAUAUUGAGAGGUGUUUCUAAUAUUUUGUCCUCCCUAUUCCCAAACAUGAGGGGGCAGAAUAUAACAGUGUUUUUCAACCUUUUUUGAGCCAUGGCACGUUUCUUUCAUUGAAAAAAUCCCACGGCACACCACCAGCUGAAAAUGUGAAAAAAAGCUUAUAUAAACAAUAUAAGUGUUAUGUUGUUAAUAUUAGCUUUUUGUUUAAUAUUGAAGAAUGACGUUAUAUUAUAACAUCUUGAAUUAAAAAUAGGAAUCAAACACAAAGAAAAAAGUAUUUUAUAAUCUUUCAUAUUUAUACUCACUCAGUGUGAAACCUGGACCCGCUUCGGGUCCGAGCAUCUCAUUUUAAUUGCUCUGCCACAGUGUGGGACUUUUUUGAUUUAGCCACAAGUUCAGCGACAUGGUAGUAAGCUUUAAGGGCUCUCUCGUUUACCUUUGCAGUUUUUCUCAUGACAGUUGCCUGUUUCUCCGUGUGUUCACGCAGGCGAACAAAAUACUCCACAUUUUUGUUUUGAAGUGAAGGGUGUUUCGUUUGGAGAUGGCGUUUAAGCUUACUUGGGACCAUAGCACUAUUGGAGAGCUUUUCACCACAUACCAAGCACAACGGAGUUGGUGCCGUUGCAAGUAAAUCCAAAUGAAAGAUAGCUUUCGUUGUAUUGCCUCACGCCAGAAACUUUGCUGGACGUCACCGUCUUUGCUUUCUUUUGACCUCCACUCAUACUAGGGCCUUCAUCUGGGUCUGGAUUUUGUCCAGGGUCCAGUUCAGAGUCAGCAUUUUUCCUCUUCAAAAACUUAUCCAUCACUUUCACCGUCGUCCUGCUAUCCACAAUACCACCGUCAACGCCACCUGCCGCUGCAUCCAUGCGUCACUAAUUCGCUUGUCUUGUCCAAGGACAAGGCAAUUAGCUACCUGCUGCUGCCACCUACUGGUAUGGAAGAGUAGGUUGCUACUACAUGAUUACUCUGCCAGGCGCUAGACCGCCCAGGCACACAAAUUGAUAAUUUCCCACGGCACACCUUACAAUAUCUCGCGACAGCGGUUAAAAAACACUGGAAUAUAAGACACACAUCUGGAUGUGAUGCAGUCCAGUACAACAGCACCACUAACUGUGACCUCGGAGCUAAAAACUCAUAUUUAAAUGAAAACCUGUGACGGUGUCUUAAUGACUUAACUUAAUGACACAACAGCUGUACUGGAUUGCUUCAGACUGUUCAUGUGUUCCUAAUAAAGUGGCCACUGAGUGUAUUUUUGUUGUUUUUAUAUGGACUUUUGGUCAUAAUGGAAAUCUUUAGGUUUUGGACUGUUGGUCUGAAGGAAGUCGUGAUUUUAAUAAUUUUGUAACUAUUUUCUAACAUUUAAUAGAGCAAACAACUUACUGAGAAAAUAAUCUGCAGAUUAAUUGAUGAUGAAAAAGUUCAGUAGUUGCUUGAUUUACUUUGUAACACAGGUUUUGAAAAGUGCUUAAUGAAUAAAGUUUGAUUUAUUCUUCUUCAUGUGUUGUAACUGAACUUGUAUUAAAACUGUCAUCAUAGA